CACUACGAGGCCACCACCACCACCACUCUCGCUCGCUCCCCCCACUCCCACUCGCCUGAAACCCUAGCAAGGAGCUCCCGGCGGAUGGACGAGGGAGGCGGCGCUGGUGCUGCGGCUGCCGCCGCCGGGAACGCGGCGGGGGCGGCGGUGCACCACAACGCGCGGUCCGCGGAGGACGUCUUCCGCGACUUCCGCGCGCGCCGCGCGGGCAUCGUCAAGGCGCUCACCACCGAUGUGGAGAAGUUCUACCGGCAGUGCGACCCCGAGAAAGAGAACCUGUGCCUUUAUGGAUUGCCCAAUGAGACCUGGGACGUGACCCUUCCAGCUGAGGAAGUACCUCCUGAACUUCCAGAACCAGCACUGGGCAUAAACUUUGCUCGUGAUGGAAUGAUCGAAAAAGAUUGGUUGUCGCUGGUUGCAGUUCAUAGCGAUGCAUGGCUACUGUCUGUAGCAUUUUACUUUGGGGCUCGCUUUGGAUUUGAUAAGGAAGCCAGGAGACGGCUCUUCACCAUGAUUAAUGGUCUUCCCACUGUAUAUGAAGUUGUGACGGGAAUUGCCAAGAAGCAAACAAAAGUCUCCAACGGCAGCAGCAAAAGCAACAAGUCCAACCCUAAACCAUCGAAGCAAUCCAAUUCUAACAGCAAGCCUGCAAAGCCACCUCAGCCAAAAGAUGAGGAAGACAGCGGCCCGGAAGGCACAGAGGAUGAGGACCAGGCUUACAUGUGUGGCGCUUGCGGAGAGACUUACGCGAACGGUGAGUUCUGGAUCUGCUGCGACGUCUGCGAGAAGUGGUUCCAUGGCAAGUGCGUUCGGAUCACCCCUGCGAAGGCAGAGCACAUCAAGCAGUACAAGUGCCCUGGCUGCAGCAGCAAGAGGAGCCGAGAAUGACCACGGGAGGCUCCCGGUUGACAUGUUUUAGAAUCGUUAGGAAUUGGUGAAGAGGCGGAGAACCGCUUCACCCGCAACCUGCUGCCGUGCAGCAGCAGACCCGGCGUGCAGGCCGGUUGUUGUAUUAGUUUCAGUCAUUGUGUUGUACCCGACAUGGUAAGUAGCUAUUGUAUUUAGCAGGCAGGCAGGCUAACUGCUGUGGUCGUAGUGUGAUGUGAACCUCUAUGAGAGAGUUGGAUACUCUCGGUGUUCAGUAGUGAUUAAGUUAUGGGUUAGUGUGUAUGAUUCUAUGAUAACUGCCUCCCCUUUCAUGAGGUUUCUACCCUGUCUUGGCUCCUUUAUUUGUUUU